AUGCAUUUCGUUAUCGUUGAACGCCCGGAUUUGGGCGGCGCAACAGGGUUAGACACCCAAGGCAGGUCGUAUGCUGCCAAAGUCACGCAUAGUAGAUCAAGACGACGGCGAGUGCUUCAGUAUCGGCAAGAAAAAUUACGGAGACAGGCUAAAGGAGUUCAACCUGUUCAAGGGCUUCGACAAGUUCAACAAAGUGUCGAUCAGCCCAGUCCUCACAACAUAUUAUCUUCCGCCCGGAGGGAUCCUUUUUCUGCAAGCACAUUCGUAGCCCCAAUCAACUCCUACGAGGCCGGUCUCUUUGAUUACUUUGUCCAUGUAGUGGUUCCAGGCGGCAAAAGCCACUGUGAGCAUUUUACAGACAAUCCCAUAUACCGAGAUGGCAUGAGAAGAGAGUUUUUGCCUCUUGUUCUGACCAAUAUUGGAUUACUGAGUGGAGCUUUGCUUGCGACAUGUCAAAGUCUUUUUAUCCAGUCGCGGAAUCCAGUAUACGAACAGCUAGCCAUUCAGUAUAAGGUAGUCUGUCUGGGCCACAUGAACCAUGCAAUACCAUGCGAGGCCAACUUCAUAGGGGAUGCUACCGUGAUCCAGGCUCUACUUCUGGCCUCUGAUGAUUACGCUGCUGGCGACAGGACUACUGCACAGCUUCACUAUAACGCAGCAUUGCAGAUAGUGCAGCUUCGGGGAGGGAGUCAAGUUUUAGGCUUGAAUGGCUUCCUUUGGAAACUAAUCGAUAUUUUUCCGUGUUGCAAGGAUAUACAGGAGCGAGCUAGAACUGAGUUAUAG